AUGUUGCAGAAAUUGCAUGGGUUUUUUGACCCUCAGACUGUUACCCAUUGGCUGCUCAUCUACGUGGACACCAGUGAUACUACUGAGGGAGCCUUUGCAUGGGUAAAAGCUGACUACAGCCCAGGGGCUAGGGUGAAGGGCACGGGAGACCCAGUGGUGAUCUCCUUGAUCCUGCCAGUUAAGGAAAAAGGCUUGAUUAAGAACCUGGAAAAGGCAACAGAUUCCACUUCCAUUGAGUUUUCAGGCAAUUCCAAGCUAGAAGGAGGAGUCGAUAAUCUUAAUGGGGACUUGUGGGAUGGAAGAGGACAAGGGGACUUGCACAGAUGGAAGGAAUUGGCCAACAGGAACUUUAUGAAAUUCAACAAGAAGAAAUGCAAAAUUCUGUCUUCUAAGAGCGAUUCCCGUUUGAAGCACUUACUGCAGCGAGCACCUGAGUAUUGUCCUGAAUCAAUGGGAGAAGUGUGGGGUUGUAUAAAUUCUUCUUUGCCAGGUGUUUUGAAGAAGUCUGACGGGUGGGUUGGUUUAGGAUGCUGUGAGCUAGCUAUUGCUGUGGAAUGUCGGCAAGCAUGUAAACAGGCUUCUGCAAAGAAUGAUGUUUUAAAGGUCUGCAGGAAGGAAUAUGAGAAUGCUCUCUUUAGUUGUAUUAACAGAAAUGAAAUGGGGUCAGUCUGUUGCAGUUAUGCAGGUCAUCACACCAACUGUCGGGAAUAUUGUCAAGCAAUUUUUCGGACAGAUUCUUCUCCUGGUCCUUCACAAAUUAAAGCGGUUGAAAAUUACUGUGCCUCUAUUAGCCCUCAGCUUAUACACUGUGUGAACAACUAUACACAGUCAUAUCCAAUGAGAAAUCCCACAGAUAGUUUGUAUUGCUGUGAUAGAGCAGAAGACUAUGCGUGUCAGACUGCUUGUAAAAGAAUUCUGAUGUCAAUGAAAACAGAGCUUGAGAUUGUCGAUGGACUUAUAGAAGGCUGUAAAACAAUGCCUCUCCCUCAGGAUCCACUUUGGCAGUGUUUUCUUGAGAGUUCAAGAUCUGUUCACCCAGGAGUCACUGUGCACCCUCCGCCUUCAACAGGCCUCGAUGGGGCUAAGCUCCAUUGCUGUUCGAAAGCAAAUUCUUCCACAUGUAGAGAGCUCUGCACUAAACUUUAUAGCACGAGCUGGGGCAAUUCACAGAGCUGGCAAGAAUUUGAUCGCUUUUGUGAGUAUAAUGCAGUUGAAGUUUCCAUGUUGACCUGUUUAGCAGAUGUACGAGAACCUUGUCAGCUGGGCUGUAGAAAUCUUACUUACUGCACUAAUUUUAAUAACAGACCAACAGAACUUUUUAGGAGCUGCAAUACCCAGUCAGACCAGGGAGCCAUGAAUGACAUGAAGCUGUGGGAAAAAGGGAGUAUUAAGAUGCCGUUUAUAAAUAUUCCUGUGCUUGAUAUUAAAAAAUGCCAACCAGAAAUGUGGAAGGCAAUUGCCUGCUCGCUGCAGAUUAAACCUUGCCACAGCAAAUCUAGAGGAAGUAUUAUCUGCAAAUCAGAUUGUGUGGAAAUACUGAAGAAAUGUGGAGACCAUAAUAAAUUCCCUGAAGGCCACACAGCUGAAAGUAUUUGUGAGCUCCUGUCUCCAACAGAUGACUUGGAGAACUGUAUCCCAUUGGAUACGUACCUGAGCCCAAGUUCUUUAGGUAACAUUGUAGAAGAUGUUACACAUCCGUGUAAUCCAAAUCCAUGCGCAGCUAAUCAGUUAUGUGAAGUAAAUAGAAAAGGAUGCCAGUCUGGAGAGCUGUGUCUUCCGUAUUUGUGUGUGCCAGGUUGCAAGCUGGGAGAAGCUUCAGAUUUUAUUGUCCGUCAAGGUACACUUAUUCAGGUUCCAUCCUCAGCUGGUGAUGUUGGUUGUUACAAGAUUUGUACCUGUGGACACAGUGGAUUGCUAGAAAACUGCAUGGAAAUGCGUUGUGUUGACCUCCAAAAAUCAUGCAUCGUUGGAGGACAAAGAAAAAGCCAUGGAACAUCCUUUAAUAUAGAUUGUAAUGUCUGUUCCUGUUUUGCUGGAAACUUGAUAUGUUCUACACGUCAGUGUCUAACUGAGCAUAGUUCAGAAGAUGAACGUCGGAAGUUUACAGGUUUACCGUGUAACUGUGUGGAUCAGUUUGUACCAGUGUGCGGUCAGAAUGGGCGCACGUACCCGAGUGCAUGUAUAGCUCGUUGUGUUGGGCUCCAGGACAAUCAGUUUGAGUUUGGAUCGUGCAUUUCCAAGGAUCCAUGUAACCCUAACCCUUGUAAUAAAAAUCAGAGGUGCAUACCAAAGAAACAAGUUUGCUUGACUAGUUUUGGCAAGUUCCAAUGUAGCCAGCAUGAAUGUGUGCCGAGGCAGUUAAAUUGUGACCAGACACGGGAUCCUGUUUGUGACACGGACAAUGUGGAAUACAGUAACUUGUGUACUUUGUACCAAAAAGGAAAAAGUUUAGCAUACCGAGGACCAUGCCAGCCGUUUUGCAAGUCGGUGGAACCCGUCUGUGGGCACAACGGAGAAACCUACGGCAGCGUCUGUGCCGCCUAUUCCGACCGCGUGGCCGUUGACUACCACGGACCCUGCCAGGCUGUCGGCGUUCUCUCGGACUAUGGCUUCCACACGGAGUGUGCCUUCGUUAGCUGUCCCCGGCUGGCGGCGGCUGGCUGCAAGCCGGUUCUUGCGCCAGGAGCCUGCUGUCCACUCUGUGCUGGAAUGCUGAGAAUCCUGUAUGACAAAGACAAGCUGGACACUUUUGCAAGGGUAACGAACAAAAAGCCUAUAACAGUACUUGACAUACUUGAAAAAAUCCGCCUGCACGUCUCCGUGCCACAGUGUGACGUGUUUGGAUACUUAAGCAUAGAGUCCGAAAUUGUGAUUCUCAUCAUCCCUGUGGAUCAGAACCCCAAACCGCUGCAGAUUGAAGCCUGCAAUAAAGAAGCAGAAAAGAUAGAGUCACUGAUAAAUUCGGACAGUCCCACAUUAGCAUCACACGUGCCACUGUCGGCUCUAAUCGCAUCUCAAGUACAAGUGUCCUUCAGCAUUUCUUCUCCCUCUGUUAAAGCAGUGCCUGUUCUGCACUCCCUCUUCGGCAGCCUGUUACUCACCUGGUCAGCGUUCAUACCUCGGACCACCUCAAAGGAACAAAGAAACUAUUUACUUACAGGGUUUGACUUCAAUGGAAGUAGGAGAAAAGAUGGAAGAAACCCAGUCCAGUUUUACUUGCAGCUUACAGAAGUGAAACCUAAUGGGGACAAAUGUGGUACAGGUUUCAGCAAAGGGGAUUACUCUGAAAAUCGAGGAAACACCAAUUGUCCAAAACCUUUCUUGAUGUUGACGGGCUUUGUACGUGCGCUGCUGAAUGGGAAAACGUACGUGCAGCUCCUCGCAAUACAAGAAAGUGACUUUUUUACAGUGAGACCAAUCAAUCACUGGAACAACCUUCCCAGGGACAUGGCAGAGCCCCCACAACUGGAAGUUUUCGAGAUGCAACUGGACGCAGUUCUAGAACAAGCACUGAAGGGUUAG